GCAGGUUGAAGGGGGGCUGUGAAGACUCAAGAGUUGCCAAGACACACCAAAACCAAAACCAAAACCAAAAACCAAAACCAAACCAAUCACCAGCAAGAAAAAAAAAAAAAGCAGGAGAUGGUCUUGCAGGACAAAUACAAACGGGCAACUUCCAGUCGAUAUCGGGCAACACAUGGCGGGAUCCAAUCGAACCGACAGAAAGCCAAGCUAGCAGCAGCAACUGCAACACCCUCCAUCGUCGACCCCUCAUCAUCAUCAUCAUCAGCAGCGAACGGAAAGCAACACCAGGACUUCCCCGAGCUCGUCCAUCCGUCCUCCAUUCAACCUAUAACCUCUGAAACACAACUCGGACGACCAAAGACCGAUGUCGAAUCCCUCGGAGAUCAUACUCUUGCGUCUCACACUCCUGCUGCCUCCUUCGCUCGCCGGCAAUUGGCAUCCAAUGCCGAUCGCUAUCUCGAACCCGAACCAGAUCCUAAUCUAGAGCCUGAACCGGAGAUAGACCUGACGAAAUUCGUGGAGAAACAGCAGACGAGGAUCGCCGCCGAAGAAGAAGCGCGAAAGCAGGGCCGAGGGGGCAAACACGACGAAGAAGGAGAAGAAGAUGUGGACGCGAGUUUCGAGCAUUUGUUCCAGCAUUCAACGCGCCCUCGGCCGGGCCAACCGCACGCUUCGAUGGCAUCUAAAGGCAAACCUACCAAAGUAUUCAUCGAGGAUCGGCGGACGUUAGGACUAGACGCGCUUGAGGAUGAGCGGAAGAAGGCCGAUGCGAACCUGAUCGCCCGCUUUAGCGCUGCUCAACUCAACCCCUCUAAGUCGCCCGCUGGGUCGGCUCGAAACAUUCGACCAUCCGUACGAUCGAAGCUCUCUGAUUCGACUGCUAAGACCUCCGCUUCGCUCUCCACUCCAAAAGAACUCGUUCUUCCUCUUGAUGAUGAAGAUUUUUUGGAUGAAGUCUUGAACGAUUCAUCAGGAACCUACGGAAAAUUCAAACGCACAUGA